AUGGCGACAUCUAGUAUGACAACGACGGUACUCGAGCAACAUGAUAUCGAGUUAUCCCCUCGCGCUCACAGGCCUGACCCACUCCGUCUAUCCCUGGCCCUCAAAUCUCCCGCCGAAAUCGCCGAGUUGGCCACCUCACCGACGUCUGCUACCAAGCCGCACUCACGCAUCCCGUUUUCUGCGCGGCGUCGCUCAUCCACCGAGAAACGCGACGUUAAGGGCCUACAAUCCUUCUACGAGAGCCAGAAUGCGCACAUCCAGCGGAUGCUCAAGAGCGUCGACGAGCACCGACGCGAGGCGAAGGAUUCGGCCGACGACACGCGGCUCAGAUUUUUAAUCGCCGUUCAUGGAUCCUUGGCGGCGAAUCUGGUCCUUGCUGUUUUGCAGCUCUACGCAGCCAUCUCGUCUGGAUCUUUGUCCUUGUUUGCCACUGCGGCCGACUCCAUUUUCGAUCCUCUCUCGAACGUGAUGUUGAUACUUUCUCACCGCGCCGUCAACCGCGUCGACUCCUCCCGCUUCCCGUCGGGCAAGGCGAGACUUGAGACUGCUGGGAACAUCGCCUUCGCUUUCCUCAUGAUCGCCGUAUCCUUGAUCCUCAUCGUUGUUAGCGCUAGCGAUCUCGCGAAGGCGGAUCACGGCGAGACAAAGUCGUUCAGUCUUCCAUCCGUCAUCGCAGUCGGAGUCGCGCUGGCAACAAAGCUCGUGCUGUUUUUCUAUUGCUACUCCCUGAGACAUAAGUACUCGCAGGUGAUGAUCCUGUGGAAGGACCACCGCAACGACCUUCCCGUCAACUCCUUCGGGCUUCUCACCUCCAUUGCCGGCAGCAAAUUGGCCUGGUGGGUCGACUCCUUCGGCGCCAUUGUCAUCGGCCUCGUCAUCCUCGGAGCAUGGUCGAAGACGGUGUACCACGAGUCACUGCUCCUGAUCGGCGUUGCUGCGCCCCAGGAGCUGCGAGGAUUGAUUACGUAUGUCUCGAUGACGCACGACGAGAGGAUCACGCACAUCGACACCGUCCGCGCGUACCAUGCGGGCCCCAGGAUCAUCGUCGAGGUCGACAUCGUCCUGCCCGAGACCAUGUCGCUAAAGGAUACCCACGACAUUGCCGAGAGCUUGCAGAUCAAGCUGGAGGGACUGCCGGAUGUCGAGAGGGCCUAUGUUCACGUCGAUUACGAGUGGAUCCAUGCCCCUGAGCAUUCGCUCAAGAAGGAGUUGUAG